CUGGACUCGAUCGAUGCUCUCUCGCUUGAUGAGUAGAGUCUUCUGUACAGUGCAUGGCUGAGUUGUGGAGCUUCACAGCGAUUUAAAGUCAGGAUGGGUCGGCGCUCGUCAGACAGUGAGGAUGGCAGUCGGAGCAGGAAAAAGAGAAAACAGCGUCGACGUUCAUCCUCCUCUUCGUCUUCGUCUUCAUCCUCCGGGAGCAGGGCGACCUGCAGCAAGAGCCGGAGGUCCACACGCCGGAGCAAGUCUCGAUCUAGAGACAGAGACAGAGACAGGAGGAGGAGAAGACAUUCCAGCAGCAGUUCUUCCCGCAGUUCGUCUCGCAAGAGGAGGAGUCGCAGUGCAGAGAGAGAGAAAGGGAGGAGCCGUCGCUCACGCAGGUCCCGCAGCAGAGACAGAAGGUCUAAAUCUCGCCAUCGGCGCUCUCGCAGUGGGAGCGGCAGUCGUAGCCAGCGAGGGACCCACAGCCGCAAAAGGAGCCGCAGCCACAGCCGUCGGAAGAGUCGGAGCCGCAGCAGAGAGCAGGAUCAGAGCCGCCGCAAGGGCCGCAACCGGGACAGAGAGAGAGAUAAAGAGAGGGACAGAGGACGAGACAGAGACAAGGAGAAGACUAAAGACAAGGCAGACAAAAAGGGGGACGUCGUGAACAUCAAAGCAGGAUUAGAACAUCUGACUCCAGCAGAGCAGGCUAAAGUUCGGAUGCAUAUGGUCUUGCAGGCUGCAGCUAAGACGGACGAGGUGCUGAAGGCAAAAGUAGCCAAGAGAGAGGAGGAGGCCCGGAAGAAGCAAGAGGAAGAGGGAACUUCUCUGGAGGAGCAAGUGCGAAGGAUAAAGGAACUCGAGGCCAUCGAGAGUGAUUCCUUUGUUCCUCAAGCUUUCAAAUCAUCCAGGGAUGACAUAAAGGUUGAGCCGGCUGACAUAAAGCAGGAGGCUGAGUGGACAGAGUCUCAGGAUGUCACUCUUCCCAUCUCCAUCGUCUACAACGACAGGGACACGCUUGCCCACCCCAGUUUGUUCAUGGACAAGGAGAAGGCAGAGGAGCUGUGGUUCAACAGACUGAUCUCGCUGCGGCAGGAGAGGCUCAUGGGAAGUCCUGUGCCCUGAAGAAUACCAGGAGGAUCUUUUGUGUUUCAGGGGACAUUUGAGUAAACUCUAAUGUGUCUUAAUCCACAUCAUUUUCUUUCUGACUUGUUUUAGGAUGUCAUAAAGUUCCUUAUUUUGACCCUCCUGAUGAAUUUCUCUACCCAGUUGUAAAAAUGUUUGAGAACUUGAAGAAAUUCAAAUUUUUUGGUCGAAUUGUGGUUUUAUUGUCUUUUGUAAUCACCUUAGUAAAUAAAGGUACCUGUGAUCUUUUUUU